CGCUCCGCGCCCGCCAUGGCGGCCCCGGCCCGCCGGCCCCGGGCCCUGCUCGCCCUCGGCCUGGCCCUUCUCGCAGCCGCCGCCGCCGCCGCCGCCGCCGCCGCCACCGACCCCUUCUCGCCGCAGCUGGGAGACACCGGCGGGUGCCGCGGGCAGUGCGGCCGCAGCCUGCAGCGCCGGGCCGCCGCCGAUGCUGUUCUCAACGCCUGUUACCGGGGCUGCCGGCUGUUCUCCAUCUGUCACUUCGUGGAUGCGAGCGCCGAGCUCAACACGACCAGAGCCGAGUGCGAAGCAGCCUGUGCCGAAGCCUACGGCAACGCAGAGGAGCAGUUUGGGUGCGUGACCGGGUGCCGCAAGCAGCUGCCCGAGGUGGAGGAGAGCAGGAAGGAGAAGAGCCUGGAGCUGAAAGCACCCUCGUUUUCCAUGUUGGAUUUGGUCUCCACCUUCUGCAAUGACAUCGUCAGCUCUGCCCAGAGCUUCAUCUCCUCCACCUGGACCUUCUACCUGCAGGCGGACGAUGGCAAAGUCGUGGUGUUUCAGUCCCAGCCUGAGAUGGAGUAUCCAGCAGCCGAGGCCCUGGAGAUCCAGCCAGCACAGCCGGGAUCGGGAUCGGGAUCCAGCCCUGGUGUCCCCCAGCCCCACACAGGCCCCCGGGCAAAGGGGGACAAGCCCCCCGUGAAGGAGCAGCGGGGCAAAGCCAAGGCGCAUCCCCCGGAGCCCCCGCAGCAGGAGCACGACUUCCUCGGCUGCAUGUCCAAGCGCUCGGGCCUUCCUCGCUGGAUCCUGGCCGCCUGCCUCUUCCUCUCCAUCAUGGUGAUGCUGUGGCUCAGCUGUGCCAGCCUGGUGACCGCCCCCGAGCAGCACGUCAAGACCCAGCCUCUGAGCAUCAACGGGGACAAGGAGUACCUGGAGGACCUGGACGGCCCCGGCGCCUUCCCGCUGCCGCCCGUCAUCACCGUCACCCUGUGCCCUGCGCACGGCGGGGAGGACGCGGGGCCGCUGCCUCUCAAGGUCGAUCUGGACAAGACCAUCCUGUAGCGCUCCCGCCCCUUCCCAUCGCCUCCACCUCCCUCUCACCGUCCCCACGGCAUCGCCCCCGAUCCCGCUCGGCUCCCCCCAGCUCCCGCAGGGGCACCUCUGGCUCCGGCCGGGUCCCGCUCUCCUCCCCGGGCACGGCCGCCGUGGGGGCGGCUCCAGGAGCCGGGCAGCGGCUCUGCCUCCCCCAGGGAUGUGCUGUGAGCUGGGAUCCUGGCUUGCAGAGCCGAGAGGGGAGCUGCCAGAGCGGGGAGGCCGGAGGGAGCCCGGCCCCGGAGAGGGACUCUCUGUCUCCUCCCGCCCGGAGCCGCCGGGGCCCCGCAGCCCUCCGGGCAUGGGUCCAGCGCUGGGCAGGAGGGAGCCGGCUGCGGUGGGGGAUGGAGAGUGUCUGCAGCCUUCUGAGCUUUGGCUCGGCACAUCCCCGGCCUCCCACCUUGGGCUGAGCCUCCGAGGCGCCGGCCCCGGCCCUGGGAACUCCCUUCCGCCGGCCGGAGCCGAUUGCCUCGGGGAGCCGAAACGUGGCGAAUGGAUUUGGUGUUGGCAGCCGGAGACGGGAGCGGAUCCCGCCGCCUCCGUGCCCACGCGAGCACCCAGCCAGCCCCUUUCCCGGAGCUGUGGAGGGGCCCUGGCAUGGCUCCUUCCCCUCCCUGCUCUGUGAUGCCCUUGGGGGAGCUGGCCCUGGUGCCAACAAGUUGCUGGUGGGACCAAGCAGGGGAUGAGGCGGCGUUUCCCUGACUUCAAGCUAGGACAGGAGGUGGGAGCUGCUGGGACGGCUCCAUCCUGGGCUCGGCAUCCUGUAGGGAUGGCUCCAUCCUGGGCUCAGCAUCCCUGCCCCAUGCUGGGAGCAGCCUGCGGGGCUGUAGCUGACGGCAGGACCCAGUCUCUGUGUCCCUGGGCUCCCAGUGCUGCCCUCAAAGUGGGCAGUGGGACCAAGCACGGCUCCCCUCAGCUCACCCUGGCACAGCCCCUGGGCAUGGAGGUUUCUCCCCGCUCCCCAUCUCCCCACCAUUCUCCACCACUCGAUUUCAUGCAUCGUUCCGUGGUUUGAUUUGCACCGGCAUGCGGCUCCUCGGCCCCCGGCGCCCCACGGGGACACCCCUGUGCCGGGAGGGUGUCGGUCCCGCCACCCCCGUGUCACCUAACACGUCUGUACAGAUUAACUUAUUACCCCCGACCCCCUCCCCUGGGUUUUUGGGCUCUCUCCGCGGGCCGGCGGCUCCCGGGGGCCGUGGUGUGGUGGGACCGGGGGCUCUCAUCCCCGUCCCCACCGGUUUUGUGCUGCUCCGUGUCACUUCCACCCAUCCAACAUAUCUGGGUUUGGGGAACCGGGUUGGGGGGAGGCGUGGGAGGGGGGGGGGUCUCGUGUCCGUUUUGGGGUCCACUUUUCGUUGUUGCUUUCCGGCUGCGUGUGAAGCUCGGUGCAGUCUGUGAUGUUCCGGCCGCGGCAGCUCCCCCGAUCCCCGGGCAGGAGCUCCGGGGACAGCGCGGCCGCGGAGCCCUCCCAGCCCCGGAGCCCUCCCGGCCCCGGAGCCCUCCCGGCCAUGUGGAGCCCUCCCGGCCUCGCCUCCGAAGGGCAAACCCAGCCCUGAGCUGGGAGGGGGAAUAGAAUAAAAGGUUUGUACCAGA